GCUGUUGGUAGUCGGUAUCGCCGUCUCUCCCCGCGUUAAGAGCACGAUUCCAUGCUUGUUGAGUUGGCUGAUUUACCGAUAGUCAACUAUGACCCACCGCAUGGGAUGCUUCGGAAACGGCCGCUUCCAAACAGUUUAUCUGUUUAUGAUUGGGUGUUUAUUUUUAUCCUGGAAGAUAGUUAUCACAGACGAUCUCAGAGAAUCGAGGUCCAUUCAUACAUUCUAUAACUCGCGUUUAGCACCAUUUGAAGAAGAUGAAAACACAACUCUUUCAAUACAUUCCACUACAGAAUCACCAGAAUUUAUUGAGGAAGCACCAUUUGAUUUCCUUGACCAAAUGCUUGAAAAGUAUGACAAAAGAGCUUGGCCAACGUAUGGAAUGGGCAUACCAACAGUUGUUACCAUCAAUAUGUACAUUAACAGCUUCGGUUCCAUAAAUGCAGCAAGCAUGGAAUUCAGUAUGGACAUUUAUUUAAGACAGUCAUGGAUUGAUUCGAGAUUGCGAUUGUCAAGGUUUGGCAUCAACAACACUGUUACUCUUAAUGGACAAGAUAUUAUCGAUAACAUUUGGAAGCCGGAUCUGUUCUUCAGGAAUUUAAAAGCUGGCAAUUUCCAUUCGGUUACAGUGCCAAAUAAACUGAUUAAAAUUUCGCCAGAUGGAAGAAUACUUUUCAGUAUGAGAUUGACUCUUCGUCUAUCGUGCCACAUGACUUUUCGUCAUUAUCCCUUAGAUAAACAACAAUGUUGGGUCGUGUUGGGCUCAUAUGCGCAAACAAUGGAUCAAGUAGUAAUUCAAUGGCAAGAACGUAACCCUUUAAUCAUUGAGCAAGAAUUAGAACUUCCGGAAUUUGAUCUCAUUCCCCAAAGCCCAGGAUCAUUCCAGAGAGAUAUUGAUACUGGUUCCUUCAGUUUUCUUAACGUAAGCUUCAUUUUAGUGCGGCAAAAUGGAUACCAUUUGGUUCAAACUUACUUACCGACAUUUUUAAUUGUCACGAUAUCCUGGGUAUCCUUUUGGCUACACGUAGAUGCGACACCAGCCAGAGUAACAUUAGGCGUAACUACUCUUCUCACCUUGACGACUGUUGCAUCAGGCAUAAGAACUCAGUUGCCUCCAGUAUCUUACGUAAAAGCCAUCGAUGUAUGGAUUGGAGUCUGCUCUAUCAUGGUAUUUGGAGCUUUGUUGGAGUUUACAUUGGUAAAUUAUUUGUCUAGAAGAAAAACAAAAACUCUAGAACCAAAGACAGCCAUUCGAGUCAUUGGAAAAAGUAGGCAAGUCUUGGAGUUCUAUAAAGGAGAUUUGAAUUAUGAUGAAAAAAUUCAAGAUCCAAAACUUGAUCAAACCUUUUCUCCUGAAGAAGACAAGAAAGAGAGCCUCAAAAGAGCUUUGACUGUUGAUAAAAUAUGCAGAAUAUUAUUUCCAUGCAUUUUCUUAAUUUUUAAUCUCGCAUAUUGGACUUAUUAUCUUAACCUAGCAUGAGAAAGAUUAUGAUAACAUCAAAAGAAGGCAAGUACUUAAUAAAAUGUGCCAAAGAUCAAGCCAUUCUGCAAAAGAUGAACAGGACAGCCUAAAAAGUGUACCAACUGUUGAUAGAAUAUGCAGAAUCUUAUUUCUGAGCAUUUUCUUCAUUUUAAGUCUUGAGUACUGAAUUAAUUAUUUUAGUACAACAGGAAGAAGAGUACGAUAACAUCAAAGAAAGGCAAAUACUUAAUAAAAUGUGUAAACUGAUGAAGCUUUUCUUCAGGAAAAGAUGUAAAGGAGCACCUAUAAAGAGCAUUGAUAGUUGAUAGAAUUUGUAAUUCAUUUAUUCUCGUACAUUUUCUUAAAUUUUAGACUUCAAGCAGGAAUUAAAAAUAUUACUGUGAAAUUUUAAGAAAGCAAGCACUUAAUGAAAUGUAUAUGAACAGAUGAAGCUUUCUUCAGAAGGGGAUUUAAAAAAAAAAAGGUGCGCUUGAAAAGAGCAUUGACUGUUGAUUGAAUUUGCGAAACAUUAUCUCGAUGUAUUUUGUUGAUUUUUAGGAUCGAAACUGAACGCAUUAUCUUAAGAUAGCAUACUGGUCAUUAAAAAAGACAAGUACUUUGAAAUGCAAAACUAGCAGUUAAAAGUAACAUGAAACGCGUUCAGAAUAAAUAAACGAGAAUAAAUAUAUGUGUACUAGAUCAAAUCCAUUGUGAAUUUAAGUGACUUAAGUACUUCAGAGUAACUUUCUGUAAACCCAGUACGGAA